UUUAAUCUGCAACUGAUCGUCGUGAUGUUUUAUUAUCAUUAAGCAAAAUUUACUAAUUUACCGGUAACAGCCCCACAUAAUCUUUUUUACUGACUAAAAUAUUGGUGACUUGAUAAAUUGCAAUUUUAUGCACCGUAAUUGUGCAGAAUCUAAACUCUGAUUACAACUUUCACUUUGCUUUCACCAUGAUUUGUGCAGUGGGAUUGAACUGUGUAGAUAUUGUUAAUUUUGUUCCAAAAUAUCCAAACGAGGAUACUGAUAGUAGAUGUACUAAGCAAGAAUGGGCUCGAGGUGGAAAUGCCUCAAAUAAUAGCACGGUUUUAGCCUGUUUAAAUCAACCAGUAGAGUUUUUUGGAACAUUGGCGAAUGAUCAUUUGCUCAAAUUUUUCACCGAUGACAUGACUUCCCUUGGUAUCAAGUAUGAUAACUGUCCAAUUAUUGACGGUAUCGCAAGGGCUCCAGCUUCUGUCGUAAUUUGUUCCGAGGAAUCUGGCACAAGAACUAUUGUUCACAGUAAAGGAGAUUUGCCAGAACUGACCUUGGAUGAUUUCCAGGCAAAAAUCAAUCUAGCAGUGACUUCAUGGGUGCAUUUUGAGGGACGAAAUGAAACCGAGGUGGUAAAAAUGAUUGAGAAAAUUCAUGAAUACAAUAAUAAUGCAGCAAAACGAGUAAAGCACACUAUCAAAAAUAGUGGAUUAAAAUUUUCCUAUAAAGAUGUCUCAAUCACAAUUUCAGUAGAGGUGGAGAAAUGCAGGGAAAGUCUCAACACGUUACUUCCUCUGGGCCAUGUAGUCUUCGUGGGGAAAGAUUUUGCAUCUUGGCAAGGUGCAAAAAAUUGCAGGGAUGCCGUACAGCUUAUGCAAUCCAAGGUCUCUGCCGGAUCACUGGUAAUUUGUCCUUGGGGUGAAGACGGGGCAGCUUAUGGGGUAGGGACAGGAUCCCAAGUCACAGAUAAUGACGAUCCCAGUUACGCAGAAAUAAAGAAAAUUGAUGCUUUUCCCCCUUCACAACUAAUCGAUUCUUUAGGUGCGGGCGAUACAUUUAUUGGGACGACGAUAUUCUGUUUGAACAAGGGGCUCGAUGUGGAGACAAGCAUUGAGAUGGGAUGUCGCAUCGCUAGUGAAAAAUUGUCAAUGUAUGGAUUUCUCGGAUUGAAGGAGAAAGCUGGAGUUAUUUUGGACAAAGUAUUCAAUAAAGAACAAUGCAAUGUCUCAAGUGGGGCAAAGUAAUAAAUAAAAAUAACAUUUAUUUCUAUAUAAUUUGUGAACAUUAUUCGUACGUAUUGAGUUUCUUAUUAAGAGAGAAUAAACGGAACGAAUGUCGAUAAGAACAAUA